AUGACCGAAACUCGGGUUCCAGUGCUUAUUAUCGGUGGUGGUAUCGUCGGUCUAUCAGCUUCCAUCUGUCUCUCACACCAUGGAGUCCAUUGCAUUCUCAUUGAACGGCAUUCCGGCACUUCAAUACAUCCCCGAGCCCGCAGCGUCAACGCGCGAACUAUGGAGAUAUACCGAAGUCUCGGAAUUGAGGAGGCCAUUCGACAAGCUGGCUCAACAUUAUCCCCAAGUAUGGGUAUUUACACUGGUACUUCCCUCAAAGAAGUAAUCGAAUCCAAACCUCGGAAAGAAGGAGAGAGAAAGUUUUCUCUUGCAGGAUUAUUCACGAGUUUAAGUUCGGUGACGGGCGCGUGGGGAACGCAGGAUAUGAUUGAGCCUGUUCUGUUGGAAACUGCACGAGAACGAGGCGUUGAUGCACGGUUUUACACAGAAUGUUUAGAUGUUGAACAAGACGAGGAUGGCGUUACGGCAACUUUACAUCGGCGUGACGAGGACAUUCCCACAUAUAUAGUACGCGCGAACUACUUAAUUGCUGCCGAUGGAGCUGGAAGUCCAAUUCGUAAAAGACUUGGUGUAAAAACCAGCGGGAGAGGAACAAUGGGUCAUCUUUUAAAUAUUCUCUUCCAUGCUGAUUUAAAAGAACUUGUACGUCAGCGCGAGUUUAGUCUCUGCAUUAUCAACCGUCCAGAAGUUUCUGGAUUAUUCACUGCGAUCAACAACGACGAUCGCUGGGUGUUUCAUCUCUGCUAUGACCCGUCAAAGGGUGAAAAAUCGGAGGAUUUUACACCUGAACGGUGUAAAGUGUUAUUACGGAUUGCGUUGGGUAUUCCUGACAUUGACAUCGAUAUCAAGAGUAUUCUUCCCUGGAAACCAUCGGUACAAGUUGCAGAAAAACUUCAACAUGGGCGAAUAUUUCUUGCGGGCGACGCGGCGCACCAAAUGCCGCCCUGGGCUGGUCAAGGAGCAAACUCUGGUGUGGCGGAUGCUCAUAAUCUAGCUUGGAAACUCGCUGCUGUGUUAAAAGGUGACGCAGAACCUGGAUUAUUAUCGACCUACGAUGUCGAACGACUACCUGUUGGACAAACUGCCGCAGAGGUUUCUGCGGCUGCUGCAGAUGAACGAGGUUUAAUCACUAUGAAGAAAAGUUUAUCGUUGAUAUCGAGCAUUUUCCAAAGACUGUUCAUAAUUUCCGGGCAUGGUUAUACAUACUCAUCACAAGCGAUUGCGGCGGAAAAUACAUUCCCGUUAGGUGGAAUAAGUUGGAAAGCAUGGUCCAUACCCUCUCUAGCAUUAGCACUUGACGGGAGACCUGGGAGUCGUGCGCCUCAUGUUUGGGUUGAGCAUCAGGGCAAGCGCAUUUCCACGCUUGAUUUGUUUGGGAAAUCGUUUGUGCUGUUAGCUGGAUCAGAUGGCGAAGCAUGGUGUGAAACUGCAAGGAAAGCUAGAACUACGUUGAACAUUGAUAUAGAUUGUUAUACUACAGGACCAAAGGGGAAUCUAACAGACCCUGUUUGUCAAUGGCAGACCGCAGCCGGAAUUUCUUCUCAAGGAGCCUUGCUUGUUCGUCCUGAUGGAUUCGUUUGUCUACGAGAGAGAAGGCUUCCUUUAGGUUAUCAACAGAAAUUUGAGCUCGUUUUGAAGCAGAUACUAUGUCGGUGA